GGUCAAUACAACUACAGCUCUCUCAAAUACACUCGAGAUCCUCAAUCCACACCAAAACACAACUACACAACUAUGUCUUCAAACAAGGACCAUACCUCGACUCCUCAGUCCUACUUGGACCAAGCCACAGGCGCUGUCCAGAGCGCCAUCGGCUCUCUGACGGGUAACACCGCCGACAAGGCUCAAGGCGAGAACCGCAAAGACACUGCGGCCGCCGAACAUGAUCUCUCUCACUCAGCCGCCAAAGCCGGUCCCUUCUCCGUAACUCCCUCAGGCGGCGUCGCAAAGGACAACUCGGAUCGCACCGAAGGCUCAUGGAACCAAAACAUGGGCGCCGCCAAAGAAGCGCUCGGCGGUCUUGUCGGUGCCGAGGGCCUCAAGCAGCAGGGUAUUCAGCAGAACAAGGAGGGCAAGGAGCAAGAAGCUGCUGGACAGGUCAACGACCUCGGCAAGGGCAUCGGAGAUAGGCUUGGUGGUACGGUUGGUGGUGCUGUUGCAGGUUUGACCGGCAAUGCAGCGCAAAAGGAAGAGGCGCAACGGCAGCACGAUGAGGGAAAGGCGAGGCAGAGGGGUGUCGAAGCAGACUUGCAAAAGCAGGCUGAGGCCGAGAGGCGUUAAGCUGUGGUGGUAGUAUAAAGGUCCCCCUUUGUGAGGACGGUCACGUUUGAUGGCAUUUUGGAUUGAUACCCGAUGAAUGAUAUCCCAUGUUCUUUUGACAUC